AUGCUCAGAAUGAAGUUUGUGGGCUUUAAAAUGUUUUUUAUCAUCGCAUUGUCCCUAAUGGGAUCGGUUGUUAAUUCGAAAGAAACUAGCGAAUUCAAAUUACCUACUAAUUUUAAACCCGUCAGCUAUGAACUGCACUUGGUCACGCACUUGGAGGAUAAAUUCAUGUUUGAAGGAGUAGUCGUUAUUCGUAUGACAUGCGUAGGAGCUACCGAUACCAUAGUAUUGCAUUCGAACAGUUUGAACAUCGAUACUGAAGAUGUCGUGGUGGUCAACACUUUUGGAUUUAUCUUCCCGGUGGAUAGUGUUUCCUUUGAUCCCGAGAAAGACCUAAUGUACGUCAAGUCAACCGAAAAAUUCAAGCCCAGGGACAAAUAUGUGCUGAAAAUACCAUUUACCGGAAACAUCACCGACCAACUAGCAGGUUACUAUAGAAGUAGCUACGUAGACAAGGAAAGCAAUCAAACGAGAUGGUUAGCUGUAACACAAUUCGAGCCAGCGGACGCUCGAAGAGCUUUUCCCUGUUUCGACGAGCCCGCAUAUAAAGCAACCUUCAAGAUAUGGAUGGGUCAUAAAAAAGGAUUGACUUCGAUAAGUAAUAUGAAAUUUAUGAAACAAAUAAACUGCCCUUUGAAAUCAGAUUAUGUUAUCGACGAGUUUGAAGUAUCUGUACCGAUGUCUACUUAUUUGGUAGCAUACAUGGUAUCAGAUUUCGUAUACACUGAAGCAAAUAGUGGAUAUGACCAAGUGAAGUUCCGUAUUAUAUCCAGGAAGGACGCAGCCAAUCAAACAGAAUUUGCCAUUAACUUGGGACCGAAGGUAUUGAAAUACUACGAGGAUUAUUUCGAUGAAAAAUUUCCUCUGCACAAACAAGACAUGGCGGCCAUACCCGAUUUUUCUGCUGGUGCUAUGGAGAAUUGGGGUCUCGUCACAUAUAGAGAGACCGAAUUAUUAAUUGAUCUGGACGUGGCUACAUAUGAUAACAUACACGGAGUAGCCGAAGUUAUCGCUCACGAACUUGCUCACCAAUGGUUUGGUAAUCUCGUUACCAUGAAAUGGUGGACCGACCUUUGGUUGAAUGAAGGAUUUGCCACGUACGUAGCAGCCCGUGGAGUGGAUUUCCUAUAUCCCGAAUGGAACUCUUUCCAAGACGAAACCGUUCAAAACUUUAUAAGCGUUUUGGAUCUUGAUUCGCUUCAAUCGUCACAUCCUGUGUCUGUAGCCGUCGGACAUCCCGACGAUAUAUCACAAAUUUUUGACACGAUAUCGUACACAAAGGGAUCAUUUUUGUUGCACAUGAUGAACACGUUCCUUGGCGAGGAUACGUUCAAACAAGGCAUUAGAAACUACAUACACAAACACAAAUUUUCCAACGCUGAACAGGAUGAUUUGUGGAGAUCAUUGACGGAGGAAGCACACCGCCAAGGAACUUUGGACAAAAACCUCACCGUGAAACAAAUAAUGGACACAUGGACGUUGCAAACCGGCUAUCCCGUAUUGAAAGUCGUCCGGGAUUAUUCUGGGGGCACGGUUACAUUGUCUCAGGAAAGGUAUCUAACGAUCAAAUCAAACGGUACGGACAAUAAAAGUUGUUGGUGGAUACCAAUCACUAUGACAACUUCUGGGGACUUUAACCAGACAAAUCUGAAAUCUUGGUUGAAUUGCGAAAACAACAACCUCACCACGCCAUUGGCCAAAGACAACAAGUGGGUCAUCUAUAACAUGCAGAUAGCCGGUUUAUUCAGAGUGUUAUACGACACACGAAACUGGAUGGGUAUCAUUUCUGUGCUGAACGAUCCAACCAAAUACGAAACUAUACCCAUGUUAAACCGAGUACAGCUGAUCUUCGAUUCGCUUAGCUUUUCACAAGUCGGUGAUAUGGACUAUGGAAUUACGUUCCAACUGUUGAAAUAUCUAAAACACGAAAAAGAGUAUGCACCAUGGUUGGCUGCUUUCCAUGGUUUGGACCGUAUAAAUAAUUUACUAAAAAGGACUCCAAAACAUGCAGUGUUCCAAAACUAUAUGCAACAUAUGUUGUCGUCUGUGUAUAGCAAAUUCAGAAACAUGAACGGUCAAACUAAUGGUGUUGAAGACAUACGUUUUAAAAAUAUCGUGACUGCCGAAGCCUGUAGUCACCAAAUAAAGAACUGUACCCAACAAGCUCUGGACUUGUUUAGAAAGUGGAUGAAAAUUAUAGAUCCAGACAAUAAUAACACAUUGCCUAUAGAACUGAAACCCGUUAUUUACUGUCAAGCUAUAAAAUGUGGAGGUGUAGACGAAUGGAACUUUUUAUGGGAACGUUAUCAGCGUUCCAAUUUGGGGCAUGAAAAAGAGAAUAUACUUCAUGCAUUAGGAUGUAGUUCGAGAAAAUUGUUACUACAGAGAUAUUUGAAUUGGUCACUUGAUAAUUCUAUUAUUCGCAAGCAAGACGCCUUAACAGUAUUUUUUUCUGUAGCCAAAAAUGAUGCUGGAUUUUCAGUAGCAAAACACUUUUUGUACCACAGAAUUGCAGAUAUAUCUGAAUACCACCAACCUCGAGGCGAUCGUGUAGGUAGAUAUGUUAAUGUUAUUGGGUCUCAAAUGAAAACCGAAGAAGAAUUAGAAGAGAUCCAAUCAUUUAUUAAUAAAUCAUCGGGUUACUUAAAAGGAGCUGAUUUGGUUAUCAAUCAGACAAUUGAGUCUAUUAAGAGAAACACUGAAUGGACUUCGAAGUUUUAUGAUAAAAUUGAAAAUUACAUGGUACAAUAA